AUGCAAAUAUCUCCCGCUGGGUGCAACCCGUGGCGCACGUUGGUUACCAUUCCAGACGCCAUGGUGUCCUCUCGCUGCGCCGUCCUGCCCCACCCUGCCGGAGUGGUCCCUCGUCGCCGGCAACACCUACCCGCACAGGCGUUCUGCGGGGCGGAGAGGAGGAGGCGGCGGCGGCUCGUGAGCUUCGAGGCGCCGCCUCGGUGCCACAAGAUGUAUGUUCCCGGCUUUGGAGAGGGCUCCCCAGAGAAAAAGGCGGCGAUUAGUCUGCUGAACUUCUUCAAUUACCUGGCCGUCAGGAUUGUGCUGGCACAGCUUGAGAGUUACAACCGAGAAGCCUAUGUUGAGCUCAAGGAGUUCACCAGCCGCAACUCCGUGAACGACGCUGAUAGUUUCUGCAAAAACCUGAUCCGCGAGUCGCCAAGACACAAGGGUUUGCUCAUGCAUCUGCGACCGCAGGUUCGAUCGGCUUAUAUGAAGAAUGAUUUCGAGUGGGACAACCUGAAGAAGCUAUCGUUCAAGAUGGUUGAUGAGGCCAACAUAAAGCUCAUGAGGGAUUAUGUCCUGGAGACCAGCCACAUAGAAGACGACGAGUGA